GCCGCCCGCCGGACAAACCCAACACAGCCACACAUAGACGCCAUUCUCUCUUCUCUCUCUAACACACUGUUCUUCUCUUCAUCCACUCAAUUCACCUUUAUUCUGAGCAACCCAUGUCGAAAGACUCCUUCUUCGAAGCCAAUUCCAUCAUUUUUUGGCAAGACACAGAGGCAUUGAGAGAGUUCAAGAACGGACUCGAUCCUAACUCAGUCAGACCCGGUUCGUGUCUGAGCUCAUGGGACUUCACUCUCGAUCCAUGCGACAACCUCUUCACAUGUGGGUUUCGAUGCGACCUCGUUAUUUCAACAAUGAGUCGAGUCACCGAACUCGCUCUCGACCAGGCGGGUUACGUGGGUUCACUCGCUUCCACCUCCUGGAUCCUCCUCCACCUGCUACUGUUGCUCCUUCACACCCAACUAGCCCGGCCCGAACCAAAUCAUCGGCUCCGGACUCCAACGUCCUCCCCUGCCACGCGCAAGGCGGCAUCUUCGCCGCCGCGGGCUACGCACGCGCCUCCGGCCUCCCCAGGUGUCUUCGCUCUCAAGGCCUUGAAGCUGUCAGAUUCUUUCAUGGAACUUUAUCGUAAUAACAAUUUUACGGGAGAGAAGUUGAGAGAGAAAAACCUAUCCUGGGUGGAUAUCUUUGAGGAGAUCCCUAUCAAGGUUUCGAACUCUGCUCUCAUCAGUGCCUUUAUGACAGAGCUGGAGGCUGAUUCACCUGUCACCCAGUGCGAUUUUGAUCGGUUACAAUUAUCAACCAAUCCAUCUAUGGAGAGGAAUGUCGAAUUUUUAAUUGAAUGCAUGGAUGACUUGUCAAUGGAACAGCAAAAGUUCCAAUUCUACUAUCGGAACCUGUCACGUCAACAAUCGCAGCAGCAAGCAUGGCUUCAGAAGAGAAGGACAGAGAACAUGGCACGUAAAGCUGCUGGAGAAGAGCUGUUACCAGAGGAGGAUCCUUCAAACCCCAUCUUUAAGCCAAUUCCUGAGCCAUCACGGUUGGAUAGCUUCCUCAUCACCAAUCAAAUCUCAAACUACUGUAAUCAAAUUAACGGGGUUGCAGGACAGAGGUGAUUUUUGGCUGCGAUCACGGCUCUGGAUGACAAGAACGGCUCGAACAAGUCAGCAAUCUCGAAGCACAUCGCAGACACCUACGGCGAGCUUCCUCCGGCUCACAUGACUCUCCUCUCUCACCUUUUGAACAAGAUGAAGCAGAGCGGUCAACUCAUCAGCCGUUCCUCCGCUGGAGGAUUCCUUUCUUGGCAAAUAUAAUAUCGCCCACUCCCUUUUUCUGAUGGCAACCCUUUUACUAUUUUAAACCCUCUCUUUUCCUUUCUUUUUCUUUUACUAUUUACAUCCACUUUUGUCCCCCACUUUCUCUCUCUCUUUUUUUUUUUUUUUUUACUUUCCAACCCACCGCCCCACAUGCACUUUCUGAUUCUUUAUUCCACCCAUUUUUUUUAUUCCACCCACCAGCACAUGCUUUCCCAUUAAUCCCUUUUUAUUAUUAUUAUUUUUUUUUCUUAUUCUUAUUAUUCUUCCCACAACAAAAAAAAAAAAAAAAAAAAAAAAAAAAAAAAAAAAAAAAAAAAAAAAAAAAAAAAAAACAACAAAAACAAACAAAAACAACACCACCAACAAAUUUCCACACACACUCUUUUAUUCUUGUGGGGGAUCAACCCCAAUCACAAUUUUACACAAAAAAAAAAAAAAAAA